AUGCUCUCCCUCUCUUUCAAUGCUCUCCCUCCCUCUCCCCUCUCUUUCAUGCUCUCCCUCUCUUCAUGCUCUCCCUCUCUUUCAUGCUCUCCCUCUCUUUCAUGCUCUCCCUCUCUUUCAUGCUCUACCUCUCUUUCAUGCUCUCCCUCUCAUUUCAUGCUCUCCCUCUCUUUCAUGCUCUCCCUCUCUUUUAUGCUCUCCCUCUCUUUCAUGCUCUCCCUCUCUUUAUGCUCUCCCUCUCUUUUCAUGCUCUCCCUCUCUUUAUGCUCUCCUCUCUUUCAUGCUCUCCCUCUCUUUAUGCUCUCCCUCUCUUUCAUCUCUCCCUCUCUUUUAUGCCUCCCUCUCUUUUAUGCUCUCCCUCUCUUUCAUGCUCUCCCUCUCUUUAUGCUCUCCCUCUCUUUUAAUGCUCUCCCUCUCUUUCAUGCUCUCCUCUCUUUCAUGCUCUCCCUCUCUUUUAUGCUCUCCCUCUCUUUCAUGCUCUCCCUCUCUUUCAUGCUCUCCCUCUCUUUCAUGCUCUUCCCUCUCUUCCAUGCUCUCCCUCUCUUUCAUGCUCUCCUCUCUUUAUGCUCUCCCUCUCUUUCAUGCUCUCCCUCUCUUUUAUGCUCUCCCUCUCUUUAUGCUCUCCCUCCUCUUUCAUGCUCUCCCUCUCUUUUAUGCUCUACCUCUCUUUUAUGCUCUCCCUCUCUUUCAUGCUCUCCCUCUCUUUUAUGCUCUCCCUCUCUUUCAUGCUCUCCCUCUCUUUCAAUGCUCUCCCUCUCUUUUCAUGCUCCCCUCUCUUUCAUGCUCUCCCUCUCUUUCAUGCUCCCUAUCUUUAUGCUCUCCCUCUCUUUCAUGCUCUCCCUCUCUUUCAUGCUCUCCCUCUCUUUCAUGCUCUCCCUCUCUUUCAUGCUCUCCCUCUCUUUCAUGCUCUCCCUCUCUUUUCAUGCUCUCCCUCUCUUUCAUGCUCUCCCUCUCUUUUAUGCUCUCCCUCUCUUUCAUGCUCUCCCUCUCUUUUAUGCUCUCCCUCUCUUUCAUGCUCUCCCUCUCUUUCAUGCUCUCCCUCUCUUUCAUGCUCUCCCUCUCUUUUAUGCUCUCCCUCUGCUUUCAUGCUCUCCCUCUCUUUUAAUGCUCUCCCUCUCUUUAUGCUCUCCCUCUCUUUCAUGCUCUCCCUCUCUUUCAUGCUCUCCCUCUCUUUCAUGCUCUCCCUCUCUUCAUGCUCUCCCUCUCUUUUAUGCUCUCCCUCUCUUUCAUGCUCUCCCUCUCUUUAUGCUCUCCCUCUCUUUCAUGCUCUCCCUCUCUUUCAUGCUCUCCCUCUCUUUCAUGCUCUCCUCUCUUUAUGCUCUCCCUCUCUUUCAUGCUCUCCCUCUCUUUCAUGCUCUCCCUCUCUUUCAUGCUCUCCCUCUCUUUUAUGCUCUCCCUCUCUUUUAUGCUCUCCCUCUCUUUAUGCUCUCCCUCUCUUUCAUGCCUCUCCCUCUCUUUUAUGCUCUCCCUCUCUUUCAUGCUCUCCCUCUCUUUCAUGCUCUCCCUCUCUUUCAUGCUCUCCUCUCUUUCAUGCUCUCCCUCUCUUUCAUGCUCUCCCUCUCUUUCAUGCUCUCCCUCUCUUUCAUGCUCUCCCUCUCUUUUAUGCUCUCCCUCUCUUUUAUGCUCUCCCUCUCUUUAUGCUCUCCUCUCUUUAUGCUCUCCCUCUCUUUCAUGCUCUCCCUCUCUUUCAUGCUCUCCCUCUCUUUAAUGCUCUCCUCUCUUUCAUGCUCUCCCUCUCUUUUAUGCUCUCCCUCUCUUUUAUGCUCUCCCUCUCUUUCAUGCUCUCCCCUCUCUUUCAUGCUCUCCCUCUCUUUAUGCUCUCCCUCUCUUUCAUGCUCUCCUCUCUUUUAUGCUCUCCCUCUCUUUCAUGCUCUCCCUCUCUUUUAUGCUCUCCCUCUCUUUCAUGCUCUCCUCUCUUUCAUGCUCUCCCUCUCUUUCAUGCUCUCUCCCUCUCUUUAUGCUCUCCCUCUCUUUCAUGCUCUCCCUCUCUUUAUGCUCUCCCUCUCUUUUAUGCUCUCCCUCUCUUUCAUGCUCUCCCUCUCUUUUAUGCUCUCCCUCUCUUUCAUGCUCUCCCUCUCUUUCAUGCUCUCCCUCUCUUUCAUGCUCUCCCUCUCUUUUAUGCUCUCCCUCUCUUUCAUGCUCUCCCUCUCUUUAUGCUCUCCCUCUCUUUUAUGCUCUCCCUCUCUUUAUGCUCUCCCUCUCUUUUAUGCUCUCCCUCUUUCAUGCUCUCCCUCUCUUUCAUGCUCUCCCUCUCUUUCAUGCUCUCCCUCUCUUUCAUGCUCUCCCUCUCUUUCAUGCUCUCCCUCUCUUUAUGCUCUCCCUCUCUUUCAUGCUCUCCCUCUCUUUUAUGCUCUCCCUCUCUUUUAUGCUCUCCCUCUCUUUUAUGCUCUCCCUCUCUUUAUGCUCUCCCUCUCUUUUAUGCUCUCCCUCUCUUUUAAUGCUCUCCCUCUCUUUAAUGCUCUCCCUCUCUUUUAUGCUCUCCCUCUCUUUUAUGCUCUCCCUCUCUUUAUGCUCUCCCUCUCUUUAUGCUCUCCCUCUCUUUUAUGCUCUCCCUCUCUUUUAUGCUCUCCCUCUCUUUAA